UACCCGAACCGAUGACCCAUAUAAACGCCCAGGAGACAGAGAGAGAUGUUUCGAGGAGCCACUGGACAAGCGCGCUAUGCUCUCACGAUCUUCGUCUCCUUCACUACGAUACCUUGCCGCCACAACAACCACUACGGACGCCGCCGCUAUGUCUUCUCGCUCUCCCUAUAGAGGCGGUAGAAGCGGUGGUCAGAAUCAAUGGCGUAGAGGAUUCUCCGGACGAGGCGACGACGAAAGAGGCCAGUUCGUCACCGGAGACUCACACUUCCGUUCCGUCAGAGACGCCAAUCGAGGAUUCCGUCCCGUGGAGAGGUCAAAUUUUGCUAACCCUAGCCGAGGUCCUUUUGAGCGCCAACCAUGGCGGCCUUUUAAUCCAAGACAUCGACCGUCUUUCAACGCUCCUCCGCCUUACAAUGGUCCCCCGCCUUUCAACCCAAGACCUCGACCGUCUUUCAACACUCCUCCUCCUUACAAUGGGCCGCCGCCUUUCAAUUCCGGGCAGCUUUUCACCAGUCUGCCGCCUUUCAACCAGAGCCAGCCGUUUCGUCCUCGGCCUCAGAAACCUUUGGAUUUCCGGCAUUGGGAGUUCGCCAAACCUGGACCGCCUUCUGACUCUGAGCGGUUUACAGUCCUCUCCUAUAACAUACUUGCUGACUACCUGGCUAUUAAUCAUCGAAACAAACUUUAUUUUCACAUACCUCGGCAUAUGUUGGACUGGGAGUGGCGGAAGAAGAAUAUCAUUUUUGAGCUUGGAUUAUGGUCUGCCGACAUAUUAUGUUUUCAGGAGGUUGAUAGAUUUCAAGAUUUAGAAGAGGAGUUAAAGUUUCGGGGAUACACUGGCAUUUGGAAGAUGCGAACUGGCGAUCCAGUUGAUGGCUGUGCAAUAUUCUGGCGUGUCUCAAGAUUCAAGUUGCUGCUUGAGGAAUGCAUUGAAUUUAAUAAGCUUGGACUUCGGGAUAAUGUUGCCCAGAUAUGUGUGUUGGAGUCCUUGAAUCGGAAGAACAGUAAAGAUACAGCGAUACCAAUGAGCUUGCAAGGUUUCAAUAAAGUUGUCAUUUGUAAUAUUCAUGUGCUUUACAAUCCAAAAAGGGGAGAGAUUAAACUAGGCCAGAUUAGGGUUCUUCUGGAUAGAGCUCAUGCCGUUUCUAAGCUUUGGGAUGAUGCUCCUAUUAUUCUUUGUGGGGAUUUUAACUGUACUCCAAAGGUGGAUCCAAGUUCGUUAUACAAUUUCAUUUCAGAACAGAAGUUAGAUUUAUCUGGCCUGCCCAGAGAUAAAGUAUCAGGACAAGCAUCUGCUGAAAUUUGGCCGCCAAGAGUUUCAAGAGUGGUUGGUCAAGGAGAAGUCAGGCAGAAUAGUCCAAUCUUUGAUGCGCAGAAACAGAAUGCUAACAGUAAAUCAGGAAAUGUACCUGUAGUAAAUAGCUUGUCUGAGGUUGACAGUGGGCUUAGUGUGUCUAAUGAUUCUUCCAUAGUAAGGCAGUAUGACUAUAAGAAUGAUGAAUCAUCUAAUGAAUUGACCAAAGAAGCUCAUCUAGGAGUAGAUUAUACAGCUGAAGCUGAAUCAGCUGGCUUGAAGGAAACUCCAAAUAAAUCUCAAAACAAUGACAAACCAAGAAAAGAUGGGCACGAAUCUGUUGCAGAUUCUUGUCAUGGCAAUAUCAACUCUGGUCUCGUUGAGAUGGAACCAACGGAAGAAACUCAUCAGGUUGCAGUGGAUAAUUGUAAGGAUGAAAUUCUUUCCACUCUCUUUAGCGGCAUAAAAGAAAGUUUAUCUAGCCCUCAAAGUGAAGGUGAGCUUACUGUUUCAGAAAGAAAUGAUGGACAGAGUUUUACUACUGUAGAUUCUUGCCACAAAGAUAUAUAUUCUAAAUCAACAGAGACAGAACAUGGGAAAGAACAGCUUGCUACUACUGAUGUGCACAAUGAUUCAUCAAAUGAAUGCUUCCUAGCAAACAUACGGACAUACAAUGAAAGCACAGGUGGUUCUACAGAUGCCAUAAUGGAUCCUUCGACUGCAGAUGCUCCAGACUUAGAUAUUUCAUCUUCUGAAUCGUUGCCCGAAAUUUGCUCAGUCAGUCCUCAGGAAGUCUCUACCAUAGAAGACUCAGAAAAUUUAUCAUCCCUUUCAGCCGAUGAAGACAAAGAAAUCCCUUCAAUAUCUGACGUCAAUGCUGCAUAUGAAUCUAGAAGCACUAGUUUCAUGCUUGAUGAGAAAAUGGAGAAUUUCUCAUUUAAUGAGCUUCUUGAAACCAAUGAAGAAGAUAGAACUUUUGGUGAAGAAUCUUCCAAAUUUUUAUCUGAGCUACACUACAAUAAUGACUCCUCAGCUGAGUUCAGUCAUACCGUAUUUCCUGACUUGGUAAUUUCAGAUAAAUCCUUCCAGGGAUCCGCUUUUGUUCCCAGAAGCCAACAAUUGCAUGAUCCUGGGGAUGAAAUUCUGGAUGAUGUUACUCCUACAAUGGAUGCUGAGCCUGUUGAUGAGAUUAAAUUUACAUAUGAUCCAUCGGCAUGGACUCCAAAGGAAAUAGAAACUGCAACUGGUAAAGCAGACUGCACACUUAUGGAACACCCGCUAAAGUUGAGCAGCACGUAUGCAGAAGUUGAGGAUUGUUCUGGGACUAGAGAUUCAAAUGGAGAACCCUUGGUGACAAGUUACAACAGGUGUUUUUUAGGCACUGUCGAUUAUAUCUGGCGUUCUGAAGGUCUCCAAACUGUCAGGAUCCUUGCUCCAAUGCCAAAGCAUGCCAUGCAAUGGACCCCGGGAUUCCCCACAAAGAAAUGGGGAAGCGAUCACAUUGCGCUGGUUUCUGAAUUGGCUUUCAGGAACGAUGUGAGUACUCAAAACGAAGGAACUCCAUAGCAAUGGAGGAUUGCAACAAGUAAGAAUACCUUGGCUUUUUGUCAUACUCUUAGUUCGGACUCUUUAUGAACAAGUUGUAGGUUUGCCCAUCGGUUAGUGACAGCCCCACACAUCUUACAUCACAGGUUCAACUCAUUAUCACCCUCUCCCUCCCUCUUAAACUUGAAACUUGAACUUAUAGGUUGUGACUUUAUCAGGCUGUUUAUUCAUGAUCAAUAAAUUUUGUUUGUCCCUCCAUCACCAUGGCAUGUGUGAAUUUUGAAGAUAAUGACGCAAUGUAACAAGGACUGUUUUCCAAGAAGGGUGAAUGAAAAAAAAGGGAGGAGUAAAUUACACUCAAUACUCUUAAGGUUCAUUAAAAAGACAGACAUUGUUAACAUUUGAGAAAUAUCAAUAAUCUCUUUUCUUGUCACAUCUUUAGUUAUAUUUUUUUCCUUAUCGUCAUUAAAAUUGUUAAUAUGAUGAUCAUAUCUUCAAAUUUUCUCUUCUCCUCUUAUUAUCCUCUUUCUAUGUUUGGCUAACUUGUUAGAAUUUGAUAAUUUGUCCUUUUUUUGUCUCUCGUUCAAUGAUGACUAAACCAUUGCUAAACUAGAGAGAGAGAGAUCAACAGAUAAUUGAAUUCUAACUAGUUCGUCAUUAGAAAGAGAGGGAGUGGGAGAGAAAAUGAGAGUAUUUUCAUUAUAUUAAAAUUUUUAUCAUAUGUGAAAUAACAGUGGGGGGGAAGGUAUAGUUAAAGUUGUAAAGUUUGAUGAGAUUUUUGUUAAA